AUGUGGAAUGAAUCUGUAAUGUUUUUACUAGAAAUUUUAGCAGCAUUAUGUGCCGUGGCAGUUUGUACUCCUUGUUUGCUAGCCUGCGCUCGUAGACUAAUACUAGGAGAUGAAUUACUAGGAGGAGGGGGUCACGGAGUUCACGAGGCGGAAGUUCUGGGCUGUGACGAGCCCGCUUGCCCUUAUUACAAGAAAAACAUAAAAUAUCUCAUGGUGCCAAUGGUGAGACGGCGGCAAUACAAUUCUCCAGCCCGACAUUGA